AUGAGGAAUCAAGAAUGCAAAGAAACGUCAGAUUCAACAAAUAUUGUUGGUGAAGGGUUUGAAAGUGACUCUGAUAUUCUCUCUGUCAUAGCUGAUGAAAAUUUUUUUGACUCUUGGAUUUUAGAUUCUAGUUGUUCAUUCCAUAUGUGCCCGUAUAAGGAGUGCUUUGACACUUACAAGGCAUAUGAUGGAUGUACUGUUUUGAUGGAUAAUGAUUCUAGCUCUAAAGUUGUUAGAAUAGGAACUGUUAAGGUGAAGAUGUUUGAUGGUGUUGUGAGAAAACUGACUGAUGUGAGACAUGUUCCAACAUUAAGGAGGAGCUUAAUCUCUUUGGGAGCUUUGGAUACUCGAGGUGGAGUUGUGAAGGUUGAGUCAAGUCACAAAAGGCAUUCAGUUAGUGUGAAGGAAUGUGACAAGGUGGAGAAGACUCCAAUUUCAGUUAAAAGUUGUUUGAAGAAAGAAAACAUCAAUGAAAGAUUGAAGAAUGUGAAGACAAGUGCUCAAGUAAAGUUCAAUAAGAGUAUGAAUUGGUUUGAGUUGUGA